AUGGCGCCCAAGAAGAAAGGAAACAAGAAGGCCCAAGACGACUGGGAGUCGGAGCUGGGCGAGAGCGUUGCCCCGCAGGCGCCCGCCGCCGAUGCUGGUGAUGCCAACGGCGACGCCAACGAUGACGACGAAGCCGGUGGCGGCGGCCUGAUGGCCAUGCUGCGAAAGAACAAGGAGAGGCGCAAGAAGAAGGGCAUCGUCGACGAGGACCCUGAGCCCGUCGCAGCCCCCGUCGAGGACCUCUCUGCCAAGGCCCCCACCGAGGCCAACAUGGACGACGAGUUCGCCCUCCCCGAGAAGAAGGGCAAGGGCGGCAAGAACAAGCAGCAGCAAGCGAAGAAGAACGAGCCCGCUGCUGGCGAUGAUGCCGACUCCGGCCGUGUCUUGACCAAGGCCGAGAAGGAGAAGGCUAAGAAGGAGCGUGAGAAGAUGCGAAAGAAGGAACAGGCCGCCAAGAAGAGGACGCCUGCACCUGCACCCGUUGCAAAGACCCCCGAGCCGGCGAAGGAGGCCGCUGCUCCCACUCCCGACGCCGCCGCCGCGCCCGCCCCCGAGACAGGAGGCAAGAAGAAGAAGAUCCCCGCCCACCUUGCUUUGAUCCAGAAACAGCAGGAGGAGCUCCGUCGACGAGCCGAAGAGGAUUCCCGCGCUCAGGCCGAGGCGCGGGCCCUGGCUGAGGAGGAAGAGCGUCUGGCCGCCGAGGAGGAGAAGCGCCGCGAGGAGGCCAAGGCCAUCAAGAAGCAGAAGGAGAAAGAGAGGAUCGAGCAACUCAAGAAGGAGGGCAAGUUCAUGACCAAGGCCCAGAAGGAGGAGAAGGCUCGCAAUGAGCGCAAGCUCCAGCAGAUGCUGGCUGCCGGCAUCAAGGUCGGCCCCCAGGCAGACAACGAGCCCAGGAGCAAGCCCGCCGCAGACGCCCGGAAGAAGAAGAGCAGAACCCAGCAGAAGAUUGACGAGGAGAAGGCUCUGGCCGAAGCCGCUGACCGAGCAAGACAGCAAGCCGAGGAUGCUCUCAAGGAGGCUGAGGAGAAGGUCGCCCGCGAGAAGGCUGAGGCUGAAGCCAAGGCUGCUGCCGAGAAGGCCGCUGCAGAAAGCGAUAUCGAGGAUGACUGGGAGGCCGCCGCGGCUUCUGACAACGAAGUCAAGGACAGCUGGGAUGCUGAGAGUGGCGAUGAUGCCAACGACAAGGAGGCCGGUGGCAAGCAAGCCAGUGGUGAUAAAGAUGGCGACGAUUCUGAUGAAUCUGAAUCCGACUCUGAAGACGAGGAAGUGUCAGCCGUCCGACAAGCCGAGGCUCAGCGAAAGCGCGAGGCGGCAGAGCGUCGCGAGAAGGCCCACCAGGCCGCACUCGCAGCUCGAUCCAAGGACAACCUCCGAUCACCCAUUUGCUGUAUUCUGGGUCACGUCGAUACUGGAAAGACCAAGCUUCUGGACAAGGUCCGACAGACCAACGUCCAGGAAGGCGAAGCCGGUGGUAUUACGCAGCAGAUUGGUGCUACCUACUUCCCCGUCGACGCCAUCAAGCAGAAGACUGCUGUCGUCAACAAGGACAACAAGUUCGAGUUCAAAGUGCCCGGCCUGCUCGUUAUCGAUACCCCUGGCCACGAGUCCUUCUCUAACCUCCGAUCCCGUGGUUCGUCGCUGUGCAACAUUGCCAUCCUGGUGGUCGAUAUCAUGCACGGUCUCGAGCCUCAGACUCUCGAGUCGAUGCGCAUGCUGAGAGAGCGAAAGACGCCCUUUAUUGUCGCCCUAAACAAGAUCGAUCGUCUCUACGGCUGGAAGAAGGUCGACAACAACGGCUUCCAGGAGAGUUUCGCUCUCCAGAACAAGGCUGUCCACAACGAGUUCAACACCCGCCUUGAGGCAACCAAGUUGGCCUUUGCCGAGCAAGGUUUCAACUCAGAGCUCUUCUAUGAGAACAAGUCCAUGGCCAAGUUUGUGUCACUCGUGCCUACGUCCGCCCACACUGGUGAGGGUGUUCCCGACAUGCUGAAGCUCAUCAUCCAGCUCACUCAAGAGCGAAUGGUCGGCUCCAUCAUGUACCUUUCCGAGGUUCAGGCCACCGUCCUCGAAGUCAAGGCCAUUGAGGGUUUCGGUAUGACCAUUGACGUCAUCCUCUCCAACGGUUACCUACGAGAAGGCGAUCGAAUUGUGUUGUGCGGUACUGAAGGAGCUAUCAAAACAAACAUCAGGGCUCUGCUCACGCCAGCACCGCUCAGAGAGCUGCGUCUCAAGUCGACGUACGUCCACAACAAGGAGGUCAAGGCUGCUUUGGGUGUCAAGAUCAGUGCCCCUGGUCUCGAAGGUGCUAUCGCUGGUUCUCGCCUCAUGGUCGUUGGCCCCGAUGAUGACGAGGAGGACAUUGAGGACGAGGUCGAGGCCGAUCUAGCCCUGCUGCUCAGCCGAGUCGAAAAGUCCGGCCGCGGUGUCAGUGUCCAAGCCUCGACCCUAGGCUCGCUAGAAGCCCUGCUAGAUUUCCUCAAGGACUGUAAGAUUCCUGUCGCCAACGUCGGCAUCGGUCCUGUAUACAAGCGAGAUGUCAUGCAGUGUGGUGUCAUGCUGGAGAAGUCUCCUGACUAUGCCGUCAUGCUUUGUUUCGAUGUCAAGGUCGACAAGGAAGCCAUGGCAUAUGCCGAGGAGCAGGGCAUCCGUAUCUUCACUGCCGACAUCAUCUACCAUCUGUUUGAUGCAUUCACCAAGCACAUGGACGAGAUGCUGGAGAAGAAGAAGGAGGAGUCCAAGAUGUUGGCCGUCUUCCCCUGCGUGCUGAAGCCCGUCGCUGUCUUCAACAAGACCGGUCCCAUCGUCGUGGGUGUCGAUGUCGUGGACGGCCAGCUGAAGGUCAACACGCCCAUUGCCGCUGUGAAGACCAACGCCAUCACCGGUGCCAAGGAGAUUAUCAGCCUGGGCAGAGUGACUGGAAUCGAGCGAGACCACAAGCAGAUCCCCGUGGUCAAGAAGGGUCAGCCGUCAGUCGCUGUCAAGAUCGAGAUGGGCGGCCAUCAGCCUACGUAUGGCCGCCAUCUUGAGGAGGAUGACACUCUUUACAGUCUCGUCUCGCGAGCCAGCAUUGACUGCCUCAAGGAGUUCUACCGCAAGGAAGUCUCUAAUGAGGAGUGGCAGCUCAUCAUCAAACUCAAGCCCCUCUUUGACAUCAACUAA